UUCAAGAGAGAGUACAAAUUAAAAAAAGAAGAAGAGAGCGCGGCGGUUACAGAAAAGAAAAAGGAAAAGAGAAGAUGGAGAGAUGCUGAUUUUUCGGGAAUUUUCUUGCUUUGUAAGCAUGAAAUCGAAGUAACGGAAAAUCCCUUCCCUUCUCAUUUCUGGACAUUGAGCUUUUGACAUCUUCAAAUCUCUCUCUCGCCUGCUCACGUCUCGAACGAUAGUGCUCGUUCUUCUCUUCUUUCGCAGCGAUGGUUGGUGCAAAGAGCAAGGAUGUCAUACGUCUGGAGAGAGAAUCCGUUGUUUCGAUAUUGAAACCCAGGCUUAUCAUGAAACUGGCUUAUCUGAUCGAACAUAGUUCCGACCGGAAUGAGUUUUUGAAGCUCUGCAAGAGAGUUGAGUAUACUGUUCGUGCUUGGUAUUUUCUACAAUUCGAGGAUCUGAUGCAACUUUACUCGCUCUUCGAUCCCAUUUAUGGAGCGGAAAGAUUGGAGCAACAGAAGUUAUCUUCUGAAGAGAUUGAUGUUCUUGAACAGAAUUUCCUGGUGUACUUGUUUCAGGUAAUGGAAAAGAGUAAUUAUAAGAUAGUGACUGAUGAAGAGAUUGACGUUGCACAGUCUGGCCAAUACCUCCUAAAUCUUCCCAUCAAAGUAGAUGAAUCAAAGCUUGACAAGAAACUUUUGAAAAGGUUUUUUGAACAGCAUCCUCAGGAUAAUCUCCCAGAAUUUCAUGAUAAGUACAUAAUUUUCCGUCGGGGGAUCGGAAUUGACCGUACAACUGAUUUCUUUUUCAUGGAAAAAUUGGAUAUGAUCAUUGCACGCAUCUGGUCAUGGUUUCUUGGAGUAACUAGACUGCAGCGGAUCCUGUCGAGGAAGAGAAGCACGAGGAUCCCAAAAGAUCCAAAGAAAACUGAUGAGACAGUCGAUGACACAGAGCAAGAAGAUCUAUUUGUCGAACGAAUUCGAAUUGAAAACAUGGUACUAAGCACACGGAAUCUGUUCGGCAGGAUUACAAUACAAGAGCCAACUUUUGAUCGGAUUCUCGUUGUCUACAGGCGGGCCAGCACCAAGACCAACAUGGAGCGAGGGAUAUAUGUAAAGCAUUUCAAAAACAUCCCUAUGGCUGAUAUGGAACUAGUUCUGCCAGAAAAGAAAAAUCCAAGUUUAACUCCGAUGGACUGGGUUAAGUUACUUGUUUCUGCUGUGCUUGGGCUGGUUGCCCUAGUUGGUUCACUUGAAAUGCCUAAAGCUGAUGUUUGGGUUCUUAUAGCCAUCUUUUCUGGACUGAUUGGUUAUUGUGCAAAAAUCUACUUCACGUUUCAGCAAAAUAUGUCAACAUACCAGAACUUAAUCACACAGUCAAUGUAUGACAAACAGUUGGAUAGUGGCAGAGGCACCCUGCUUCACUUGUGCGACGACAUGAUUCAACAAGAAGUCAAAGAGGUCAUAAUUUCAUUCUUUAUUUUGAUGGAGCAGGGUAAACUCACAGUUCAGGAGCUUGACGUCCGGUGUGAAGAACUAAUUCAUGAAGAAUUUGGUGAGCAUUGCAAUUUUGAUGUGGUAGAUGCAGUCCAAAAGUUAGAGAAGCUAGGCAUCGUUUCUAAAGAUUCUCUUGGAAGAAUUUACUGUGUGGGAUUGAAGCGUGCCAAUGAGAUCAUAGGCACCACCACAGAAGAACUGGUGUUGAAAGCAAAACAGGCCCCUGUUGCUACUUGAUACUGUCUUCCCAGUAUAUAACUCUGUAUUGCGGUGGCGCCAAGUAGAAGGAUAGUUUCCUUUGGACCUUUCUCCCAGUAUUUAAUCUAUGUUAUCCUAUAUUCAUCGACUCGCUUCCAUUUGUUCUUUGCUAUAUCUGUAAUUUUCAAUGUUCAUAGUGUGCAUGCGUGGUAGUUGUUAAUUUGCAAAAUGAAUUUCGAACAUUUUCGGGAA